GGUCGACCUGGAUGCCCGUGGAGUUGGAGUCCGACAUGGGGCUCCAGACGGACGAAAAAACACGGUUUGUUGUUUCCUUCCACUUCCUGUUGUGGCUGGCCCGUUCCGUCAGUCGUCACUGCCCUGCCUGUCUGUCUGUCUGUGUAAGUGAAAUUGAUAUAAACAGGAAGGCACGAGGUGCUACAUCCAGUCGAGUCCUUUCCAUCUUCCAUCUCAUCCAGCCUUGGCAAUUCCCGCGUUUGUCUCACUUCGAAGGACUCAGACAAGAACAUUUAAUUUGCACCACCCGACCGCCCUCUGCCCUCAAAUCAGCUCGCCUUCACUUGCUCCCACCAAACAAAACCUACCUACCUACUUGGACCGCGACUUCUUGUCUCUUCCUCCUUCCGCACUCACCUUCAGCAAUAAUCCAUCUCGGACCUAGUCGCCGCCGCCGCCGCCUACAACCACACACUCAACCACCACACCAACAUCUUUACAUCCAUCAAAAUGAAGACCUCUGCUAUCCUCGCUCUCACCGGCGCUCUUGCCGUCAGCGCCCAGUUCCCCGACAACUUCCCCAGCUGCGGUACCCUCUGCGGCAACAACAUGCUUGACAAGGCUGGCUCCGAGUUCCCUUGCGCCCGUGAUGAUGCUUCUUGCUUGUGCCAGUACGUCAACUUCGGCUACGGUGUUCGCGACUGCUCCAUCGCUGUCUGCUCUGAGAGCGACGCCGACACCACCAUCGACUGGGCCAAGAAGUGGUGCGCCGACGCCGGAAUCGACCUCAACCUUUUCCCCGCCGCUGCCGGUCCUGGCGCUGGUGGCUCUAUCCCCGGUGUGCCCACUACCACUACCACCGUGACCUCCGGCGUCAGCACUAUGCCCUCCAGCGCCGUCACCUCCGACGCUUCCUCUGACAGCGCCGGUGCCGGCGGCGCCGCUACCGCCAUCACCACCAGCGAGUUCACCUCCACCUGGACCAGUGGCGACUCUACCGGUACCACCACCGGCACCACCACCAUCUCUGGCAUCUCUGGUGUCGCUGGCGCUACCUCGGUUCCCCAGGUCACCAGCACCGGCGAGGCUACCACCACUGUCACCUCUGACAGCACCACCUUCGAGAGCACUUUCAGCACCACUGUCACCUCGUCGCUCACCGGCUCUGCCCUCAGCUCUGCCCUCCAGAGCCAGGCUAGCAGCGUUUCCAGCCCUGGCGCUGCUCCUCACCAGACUGCCGCUCCCAUCGCCGGUGUCCUUGCCGCCGCCGGUUUCGCCGCCAUGCUUCUUUAAGCACCACAUUCAGCAAAUUUUCCCUCUAAUGAGCGGACCUAUUUGACUGACACGAUUUGGAAUGAUGGGUUUUUUAAACUAAUGAUGUGAUGAAUGGCGCCAAAUCUUAAUGACCUGAAAAAGAAAGGAGUCGGUCUGGUAGAUGCUCUUGCAUAUAUGUAAGAUUCGGGGGGGUUGGUUUCUGCUUUUUUUUUCUACACUGUUACGCCUGGAGAUGAUACCAUUGUGGUGGAUUUAAUCUUGGGAAUGAAAUGAGGGAUGAUGGAAGGACGGGUUACUUAAUGAAUGAUGUAUGAACAUUUUUUUCCAUCCUGGCCCACUGGAUAACAGUAGCCGGAUGAAAAAAUAAGUCAAGGAUAGAUGCUUAAUCAACAUCUUACAAAAUG